UCACCACAGACUCACACAGCACCUCUGAACCUUCUGAUUCUGAGCAGCAAAUAAAAUGGCGUCUGUGGUACCACUGCGGGGUCUCGUCAUCUUCCUCUGCCUCCUUCAUCUGUGUGUUCAAGGCAUUCAGGAUGUGAACACUGUGUGUCUUGCUAAAAUGACCCAGUAUUUUUAUGACAAAGUUCAGCCAAAGACCAAAGAAGGAGCUGAUGCUCAGUAUGCAUUAUCGAUCUAUCUCCCACCGGCUUAUUGUGUAGAUAGUAAGACUGAAAUCAAAAAUAAGUUCGACAAUGAUGAUGCAGCACAAGUAAAAGCGCUUCUCAAUAAAGGUGCCAAAUGUGUACUUUGCACAGAGCCAAAAAAUGUCAUUGCUUCACGGCCAGUUCUAAUAGAUAAGAAAAACACAGAACAUUCUGAGCAUGUUCUGCUCUAUCCUGUAGGAAAGUCUCCCAUGGACAAACUUCUAGCAAAGACAAGAGAAAAAGACAGCUGUGUAGUGUUCUAUUCAUACAACUCACCUUGUGUGAAAACAUGCCUUCAGAGUGCAGACAAUAUUCUGGAAGGCCUUAGAAACUGGAUAAAUAAAAGAAAAGGCAAAAUGAAUGCCUUUGUUUUUCAAGAGAUCUGGCAGAAGGACAUAGACGAGGAUCUCGAAACAGAAUUUAAAAAAAUUGAUGCGAUAGUGCCUCUUUAUCGGUGUAUGAGAAACAGUCAACAAGAGAUGAAAUGCCGGAAAUGUGUGGACAAUAAUGUUGUGGUUUCCUUCUGUCUGCCUAAUAGGAAAUAAGUACUUUUGCUUUUCCUGCUUACAUCAGUAAUCAAACCGUGAUGUGUUAUUAGUGAAUGAUUUUCCUUUCAUAAAUUUCAUUGAGCAUUUAUUCUGCUGGCCCGGCAAACACAUUAGGAUAUCUAUGCAAUCUGUGCCUGAUAAAUGUAUGUUAUCACGAACUUAUGCUUGUUUUUGCAAACAAUAAAUUCUGCUCAUGCAUA